UGGCUUCAGUUCAGGGAGAGGUUGUCGGGGGCGGGGAGGGGUAUCCCAGUCACAGCGGGCCGCCGGUGGACCACCGCGUUCAGAUAAAUGGGAGAGCAGAAACGGGACUUCGUGUUCAGUGUCGUUUGGACCGCUUCACGUCAGCCUGUUCGCGAUGUCUGCGCGGUGCUUCCUCCUGCUGCUCUGGGCUGUCUCGGCACAGGCCGACUUCUUCCAUUUCGAUAGCAUUAGCAACGUCUCUACUUACUAUUUCAAUUAUAUUUAUUGCAAUAUCUGGGAGGGGGAGUGUCAGCCCAAUCAGGAUGAUGCCACACAGCAAGAGAAAUGGAUGUUUGGAACCUGGCGUUUGUCCAACCGGACUUUUGUUUUGUUGUUUGUUUGUUUUUUGCCUGAAAUCCAGGGUCAGCUGAGAGAAGCAAUCCGAGACAUGGUGCUGCGCUGCCCUCAGACUCUGUUCAUCUUCGAUGAGGCUGAAAAGCUUCAUCCGGGCCUCAUCGACGCAAUCAAGCCCUUCAUGGAUCACUAUGACAACGUAGAUGGGGUCAGCUACCGCAGGGCCAUCUUCCUCUUCCUCAGUAACAUUGGUGGUGCAACAAUCAACGACGUAGCGCUGGACUUCUGGCACUCUGGCCAGAAUCGAGAGGACAUCGGUAUGGAAGACCUGGAGCAUCGGCUGCGAGCUGAGACUAUGGAGUCUCAAGGUGGCUUUGCUCAGAGUGAGCUGAUGUCUGGUCACCUGAUUGACUUCUUUGUGCCCUUUCUGCCCCUGGAGUACCGUCACAUUAAGCUCUGUGCACGGGACGCCUACGCAGCACGAGGUCUGGAAACCGAUGAAGCCACGCUGGAUGAGGUGGCCAAGGCAAUGCUGUAUGUUCCCAAAGAGGAGAGACUGUUCUCAGCCCAAGGAUGCAAGUCCAUACCUCAGAGGAUCAACUUCUUUCUUCCCUAGAGCGAGGAGGAAACAGAGAGACGGACCUGGAGGUGUAAGAUUGCUUUACCGGCCCAUCUGCAUACAGAGCCACAGAGAUGUGUCGUCUUUGCUCUGCACUGCACACUUCCCCCUCCCCCCACAGAUGCAACAUGUGUCUGUCCAGGUCCCGUCACAGAAGGCCAGACAUCAGGGCAGAUCCAGGAUUAGAGGGCAGAGCAGCGUGACCCAGCCUGCAGAGAUGGGCGGCGUCACAGGAAGCGUGGCUGCUCUUCUUCACCUGCCCGGUUUGAAUCCUGUCAAGACGAAGGGGUGAAGAAGAUGGUGUCUGUGCAGAGUGUGGCGCAGAGGGAGACAUUUAUUUUCCUUUUCACUAUUUAUAUCUAAUCCCCUCGGCCAAAGUCUGACUCGCACUGUUGUUUGUGUUCAUAUGAGUUUGUAAUUCAUGUGUUACUAGUGGCAUGUCAAACAUUGUGCUUAUAUCAGCACAGAUUAUUUAUUUAUAUCAUUUGUGCCAUAUUUGAACAUUUUACUGCACCUGAUUAGUUUUGUGGAGUACUCUAAAUGUGCACUUAUUUUAUUUUGUUAGAUUUUUUUAUUCCUUUUAAAAUGAACGUACGAGGACCAGUGGUGAUGGGAAUGUUACUUGAAGCUCUUACUGUGUGCUUUAGAGACACAGUCCUUGUGUCUCUAAAGCAUCGGACCUGUGGAAACUCACCCUUUUACAUACUUGUGUUUUCUAAAAACAUUUGAUAGGUUUUACUGUACUGUUACUUAAUAUACAGUUGUUACUCAGUGGUGUGCUUUACUCUUUUGUUGGUAUAAUUCAUCGAUCAUCAACACAGUCUGCUUCAAAGCUGAGGGUCACAUCACAAUAAGAACACAGAGAGAACCUGUCAGACACGGUUUAAAGAAAUAAAAACCUGGUAAACAACAAUCAUCAUCGAUUUCAGUGAUUUGACUCCACAUUAAUGUU